GGCUGCAGGCCGCCCGCUGCAGCGGCCGCAGCUCGCCGCUCAGUCGGGCUCCGCCGCCCGAGACGAGACCACGCGCGCGCUUCGUGACAGUGCCAGUGACAGUGUCAGUGACGGUGACGGUGACGGUGACGAACCGGCGGACGAGCACAGCGAAAGUAAACAAACACCAGUUACUGAUUAAAGUAUUAUAUAAUCCGGAUGUGGUGAACCUUCACGAUGGGUCACAACGCUUUUAGGAGCGUGAGUCAAACUGCCAGGAGUAGGCUGUUUGGACUCACUCCGAGGAUCUCAGGAGACAGGCAGGUGCCUCUCAGUAUGCUGAUCUCACAGCAGGGGAAGAUUAACCAUGGUCGCCUGGCGGUUAUAAUGUUCAGUAUAUGCACAGUGGUGCUCGGAGUUAUCUUAUCGUUCGUUCCAUGGCUGGACUAUAUUAUAUUUAGGGAACUAAAACUGUGGAACGGUUCGAUCAGCUACAGCUACUGGCAGAAACCAGGAGUGAUGAGGCUGACCAAGGUGUACAUCUUCAACGUGACGAACUCGCAGGCGUUCCUCGAGAUGGGCGAGAAACCGAAGCUCGUGGAAGUUGGACCGUUCGUGUAUCGAGAGGACAUGGAGAAGGUGAACAUAAAAUUCCACGACAACGACACGCUCACCUACCAGCACAACAAAAUAUUGAGAUUCGUCCCGGAGAUGAGCGUCGACAAGAAGCUAAAACUGGUGGUGCCUAAUAUACCGCUGCUGACAGUCACGUCGUUCUCUCACAACAUGGCUCCGUGGCUGUUCAAUUUGUUCGUGUCCGGCCUGGCCCUGACCUACAAGGACAGAGCGAAGCCCUUCGUGGACGUCACAGCCGAGGAACUGGUCUUCGGCUACAACGACCCGCUCGUCAAAUUAGCUCAUUACUUCUAUCCGAAGGGAAAGAGACCGAACACCCAAAUGGGUUUGCUGUUGGCUAGGAACGGUACCUUGGAGGAGGUGUCGACAAUAUACACAGGACACCAGGGCAUGGAGAGGUUUGGAUAUUUGGACAAAGUGAACGGCCUCGACCACAUCCCCCACUGGAAGGACAAGCCGUGCAACAACCUUCGUGCAUCGGAGGGUUCCUUCUUUCCUCCUCGCUACGUCACUAAGGAGGACCUAGUCAACGUUUACGACAAGGAUCUCUGCAGGAUAAUGCCCUUGAAAUACAGAAAGGAUGUAUACAAAGAUGGCAUCCAGACGGGGCUGUACACGCCGCCCAGCUCGACGUUCGAGUGUGCCGCUGUGAACCCGGACAACAAGUGCUACUGCGACGGCGGGGACUGUCCACCGCGAGGCUUACAGAACAUCAGUCCGUGUCAGUACAAUGCUCCAGUCUACCUGUCGUAUCCUCAUUUCUACGAUGCCGACCCCUCACUCCUGGAGCCGUUCGAAGGUCUAAAGCCUGAUAAGCAGAAGCACGAAACAUAUUUCAUGAUCCAACCGAGAAUCGGUGUGCCCCUGGAGGGUUUCGUGCGGGUCCAGUUGAACAUGAAGAUAGACCGCGCUCCGGGGAUCACUGUCAACAACAUUGACAAGUUCCCUGACAUGAUCUUCCCCGUCAUGUGGCUCGAGGAAGGUAUACCGGAGGUGACGACGCCAAUAUGGCGUUGGAUAUAUCUAGCCACGACGGUCGGACCGGUAGCCGGACCGGCACUGACAUACUCCAUGAUCGCGGGAGGCCUCUUGACGUUAGCUGUGAUCUUCAUACGCGCGUACAAGCGCUUCGUGUUGGGACAAAACUCAUUAGAAAUCAUAGACGUGAGCCGCGACACCUUCCGGAGGGGCUCCAUGAUCAUCCUGAGUAGUUCGAUAUUGUUGCCGACGUCGUAUCGACCUUUGAACAAGACGACCAGCUGUAACGAGCUCGUGUAUGUCGGCACCCAGGUCAGCAGAAGCUUCGAGAACUUGAGAAAGAAACGAAGUGAUUUCGUGAAAGCAACAUUCAGUGAAAUCGAGAGGGAAAGUUUGUUGAACUCCAACAACGCGUUUAUAAUGUCUGAAAAUAGUAAAAUUAAUAGUUAGAUAUUUGUAAUUGUACUGUGUGUGAUGUUGGCAGUAUUUUCAGUUACCGGUUUUAUUUUUUUAUUUUUGUGAGAGUGAAUGUUGGUUGAUCAUGGAUAAUCUGCAGACGUAUGUUUGGACCGCACCGGAAAACCACAGCGACUGGCAAAAACCUCUUUGGGCAUAAAUUUUAUCCUGUUCUGAGAAUCGCGUCAGAGAUACAACACUCAUGUACCUACUAAAUGUCACAAUUUCUACUGUAGGUAUUUUCAAUAUACAGGGCUUCCAACUCAACUCUGAACUUGAUAUCGACGCUUUGAAGUCAAUGGUGUAAUAGUUACCGCUCAGUAAUGCUAUAAAUAGUUGCCAAUGAUUACACAAAAAUAAUAUUAUAAAUACACCAACAUUCCUCCAUACAAUGAGAUCGGUAUAAUCGUCCUACACGUGUCUAUAUAAAAGCCUUAAUAUAUUAUGUACAUACGAGCAAUGUGCGAGAGAGAUGUUACAUAUAAUUAGGGAAAGAAACAAUCUAUGAGAUUACCUUGUCGGGAUGUGAAAUAGUAUAACUGUUUUACAUAAAAAUGGCUAUGAAAAUCUCAUCGGAUAUUAACGGCUGUCAAAUUUUACACGAAGCCUAUCGCCCAGGGUACUUAUUAUUAAUAUUAUUUCAAUUCACGCAUCAGGUUACAAUUGGCAAUCUAAAUAUACUUAAAACUCUUUAUUGAUGUCAUGGAAUGGUUGCUAGCUCACAGACUAUAUGGUCAAAAUCAAACGUUAAAUGCGUCUUAUAUUAAGCCGACUACAAUUUCCUUCGCGGUUAUUCAGGGAUAAUUAUUUGGAAGUAAUAAAAUGGAAGGAUCUAAUCUGUAAGUAAAAUGUUUUUAAUGAAAUAAGCAGAUAUCAUUCUCACAGCACAGCAUACUCUGUUCGACAGUUUUACUGAAUAAUUUGUAGUAACGCUGUCAUUGGGCAAAGCCAGCCAUUAUUUUGAGUAUCUUGCCACGCCCGUGUACUGCGACGCCUUGACUUUAUAUAAAUAUUGUUAUUGUGAUAUUUUAAUUUUAAUAUUAUAAGAAUUGAAACGAGGUCUCGUUGAAGCAAUGUUAAUAUUAAAAAUAUUAUUACACUUUCCUUGUAGAUUAUGAAAUGUAUUAACAGUAAUAUUCAUUAGUAAAGAAGAGGGUGAAACUGAAUUUAAAAAAAACACAGGGUCCAAUUCGCAAAAAAACUACCCCGCACCGCAAUAAGCACCCGUACUGUAGAAGUAAUGAUUGUAGAAACUCGCAGAUAUAAAGCAGGUUACGAAUGUGUGGGUAGGUAGAAUUUCACGGUGAUAAAAUUAUGGUAGAACAAGGUAUUUUGUCUAAAGAAUUGCGCAUAAAAUUGUUCUCCCGAAUUUGUUGGGUGAAUACGUAAAGUGGCCACACUCCCAAAACUUGUCUAAUAUACCGAUGUUUAUGCAUAACGCUUUUUAUAAGAAACAACACGGGAUGAUUCCUUGACAUACAGACGAACACUUCGCUUCAACGGGGCCGAUGCUCAAGUAAUAUAACGGGCGAGGAGUCGACUCGGAGGGAACACAAAGAAAUGUAUCUCAGAAGUAUUUGGUCGUAUGUUUGAUUAUCAAAUUUUGUUAAGUAUAACUUGACCUCUAAGGACCGUGUCAUGGCCCAGGAAGCUUUCAUUUUGAAUGUCGUGAUCACUAUUUAGAACUUGUUCUAGUGCGAUUAUUCACUUAAUAACGUAACGUAACAUUUCUGAAGAAAUAUUAGCUCGUGGAACGGAAGACACAGAGGGCUCUGUGGAUUUUGUUAGGAAGAAAA